UGGCGGCGGCCAGUCGAACCGGGGACCAGACAAUGACGACCUUCACCCAGUUGUUGCUGCUGCUGUUGACUCUGCAUCACGCUCAUGCGGCAUCUAAGGGUGUUACGGCCAGUCUCAAAGCCAAGUGGCCCAUGACGCCUCUUUUACUCGAGACAAGUGAAUUCGUUGGGGAGGAUGGGGAAGAGAAGUUUUGGCAGUUUGUUGACACUGUGAAGGAGCUCACUGUAUAUAAGAAUGGGGAGUCUGUGAGAUCAUAUUAUAACCUCAUUAUAAAGAAAGCUGGUCAGUUUUUGACCGAACUUCAGGUCAGCCUUCUGAGGCUUGCUCUCUCAUUGAGAACUUAUUCACCUACUGUUAAUGCAUUCCAACAGAUUGCCGGUGAUGAGCCGCCCCCUGAGGCGUGCGCGGCCUUCGUCUCCGUCCACGGCCAGCACGCCUGCAGCACCAAGGACCUGAAGAAGCUCCUGAAGGGAGCCGCAGGCAGACCAAAGCCAUACUUGUUCAAGAAUGAUCAUAAGUUCCCUGGAGUCAACGGUACGGAUCUCCCAGUGACGAUCCUCUAUGCUGAAAUUGGGACCAAGAAGUUCAAUAUUUUCCAUAAGCUCUUGGCAGAGCGGGCAAGCGAGGGCAAACUCAUCUAUGUGCUCCGUCACUUCAUAGCGGAACCAAAGCCAAGGAAGAUGCUCCUGUCUGGAUAUGGUGUUGAACUGGCUAUCAAAAGCACAGAAUACAAAGCUGUCGAUGAUACACAAGUCAAAGAUACAAAAUCAGCAGCAAACAUUGAGGACGAGGACAAUGACGAUCUUCAAGGUUUCCUUUUUGGAACACUGAAGAAAUCGCACCCAGACUUGAACAAGCAGUUAAGUGAAUUCAAGAAUCACCUUCUUGAAAGCAACAAUGACAUGGCCCCACUGAAAGUGUGGGAGUUACAAGAUCUGAGCUUUCAAGCAGCAAGCAGGAUCAUGUCUGCGCCAAAGUUUGACUCCCUCAAGUUAAUGCAAGACUUGAGUCAAAACUUUCCCAGCAAAGCGAGAUCACUGACAAGGGUGGCCGUAAACCAAGAAAUGAGAAAAGAAAUUGAGGAGAACCAAAAGCGUCUGAGCGACACCAUGGGGAUCCAGCCCGGAGACGCCGGGCUCUUCAUUAACGGCCUGCACAUUGAUCUGGACGUCCACAACCCCUUUAGCAUCUUGGACGUAAUCAGAGGGGAAGCCAGGAUCCUGGAGGGGCUGCAUAACUUGGGCAUCAAAGGGGAGCAGGUGGGCAGAUUCCUGCGGUUGCCCAUGAACGCCGUGGAGGACAGCUACGCUCUGGACAUCCGGCAUCCUGCUAUUGUGUGGGUGAAUGACAUUGAGAGUGACUCGAUGUAUCGCUCCUGGCCCUCCGGCAUCCAGGAGCUUCUGCGGGCCACUUUCCCCGGUGUCAUCCGCCAGAUACGACGCAACUUCUUCAGUCUGGUUUUGUUCCUCGACCCAUCUCAAGAAGACAGUACUGAGCUGGUGAAACUUGCUGAGCUUUUCUACAAACAUAAAAUUCCACUCAGGAUUGGAUUUGUCUUUGUUGUCAAUACAGAUGACAUAGUUGAUGGUUUCUCAGAUGCUGGAGUAGCAUUUUGCCGAGUUUGGAACUACAUCGAAGAGGAGUAUGAUAUCUCACAGGCUUUUUUGUCCAUGAUAUCGAUGUAUAACAAAGUAGAUGUGGGAGAGACGUUGUCUGUAGAGACGGUGUCUGCAUAUUUGAAGAGGAAAUUUCCUAAAGCCAACGCUGCCAAGAUCCUUGGAGUGGAUUCAGCCUAUGAUGAGAAGCGGAAGGCUGGCGCGGCGCUCUAUAGGAGGAGCGGGCUGGGCGCGGUGCCAGUGGGCCUGUUCAACGGCGUCCCGCUGAGCGGCGAGGAGAUGGACCCGGAGGAGCUGGAGACCGUGCUGCUGCAGCGCAUCAUGGACACCACCAACUUCUUCCAGCGCGCCGUCUUCAUGGGCCAGAUUAGCGAGGGGGUGGACGUGGUGGACUUCCUGAUGGAGCAGCCCAACGUCGUGCCUCGGAUUAACCCCCUCAUCCUGAGCACCGACAGGAAGCACCUGGACUUCACAGCCUCUCCUGUGUCAGAUGACUGGGGAGAUGCAACCAUGUUCUCAUAUAUGGACUCUAAGGAUAAAACCGGUGUUGUCAUGAAGAGAAUGAAAUAUUUUUCAAAGAGUGAUGAGGAAUUGGUCUACGGAGUGACCGUUUGGAUAAUUGCGGAUGUUGGAAAAGCUUCUGGGAGACGGCUGCUGUUGAGUGCUCUGAAGCAUAUGAAGUCCAGCUCGAGCACCCGUGUCGGGGUGAUUAAUAACCCCGGUGGGAAGCUGACGGAGGAGAGCACGCUGCUCUACCGAGCCCUCUGGGCCUCCCUGCUCACCCACGGCAGCAAGGAGACGCUCGGCUUCAGCCAGAAACUCCUCAAGGAGGAAAACAUCCAGCUUCUGCAGCAAGGAACCAAGAUAAAAGCACUGCUCUUAUCGGGCAUGGACGAGGACUCCUUUGAGAAGAGGCUGAACACCAUGGAGCUGGACUUCCUCCGCAGCCAGCAGCGCUUCUGCCAGGAGGUGCUGAAGCUGAGGGACGGCCAGAGGGCUGUGCUUAGCAACGGCAGGAUCUUGGGGCCAUUCGAGGAGGAGGAAGAACUCAGUGCAGACGACUUCCAUUUGCUGGAGAAGAUAACACUCAGCACAUCGGCCGAGAAAAUCAAAGCCAAAGUCAAGCAGAUGGGCUUAAAGGGGGAAAAGGCCAGUGAGCUGGUCAUGAGGGUGGACGCUCUCCUGGCCUCGGCCCCCAAGACUGAGGCCCGGAAAGAGGUGAAAUUCCCGCGGGACAAGCACAGUGUUCUACAGAUACCCGCUAGUGAAGAUAAGCUGUUCUACGACGUGGUUGCCAUCGUGGAUCCCCUGACCAGAGACGCACAGAAGCUGUCACCUUUAUUGAAUGUGCUUGGGCAAGUGGUCAAUAUCAAACUGCAGGUGUUCCUGAACUGCCGUGCCAAGCUGUCCGAGAUGCCCCUGAAGAGCUUCUACCGCUACGUCCUGCAGCCGGACGUCUCGUUCCUGGGCAACGACACGCUGUCCCCCGGGCCUGUGGCUCGCUUCGUGGACAUGCCGGAGUCGCCGCUCCUCACGCUCAACAUGAUCACCCCCGAGAGCUGGAUGGUGGAGGCCGUGCGGAGCCCCCACGACCUGGACAACAUCCACAUGCAGGAGGUGAACGGGCCGGUGUCUGCCGAGUACGAGCUGGAGCACCUGCUGCUGGAGGGCCACUGCUUCGACCUGUCCACCGGCCAGCCUCCGCGUGGCCUGCAGUUCACCCUGGGCAUGGGCCAGGACCCCCUCAUGCAGGACACCAUCGUCAUGGCCAACCUGGGCUACUUCCAGCUGAAGGCCAAUCCAGGUGCGUGGAUCCUCCGGUUGCGCAAGGGUCGGUCUGAGGAUAUCUACCAAAUACUCGCACACGAUGGCACAGACUCCCCCGCCGACGCUGGCGAUGUCAUAGUCGUCCUGAACAGCUUCCACAGCAAGAUCAUCAAAGUCAGGGUCCAGAAACGUCCUGACAAACUUCAUGAAGACCUUCUGAGCGAAGCCACUGAAAGCAAAGGAAUCUGGGACUCACUGACGAGUGUGUGGAGUUCUUUGGAGAAAAGCAUCACCGGUGCCAGCUCGGAGGAUGGGGAGAAGAAGAAGAAGGAGGAUGUGCUCAACAUCUUCUCUGUGGCCUCCGGACAUCUGUACGAGCGCUUCCUGAGAAUAAUGAUGCUGUCGGUCCUCCAGCACACCAAAACCCCUAUCAAGUUCUGGUUCCUCAAGAACUACCUCUCCCCUUCCUUCAAGGAGACCAUCCCUCACAUGGCGGAGGCCUACGGCUUCCAGUACGAGCUGGUCCAGUACAAGUGGCCUCGCUGGCUGCACCAGCAGACGGAGAAGCAGCGCAUCAUCUGGGGCUACAAGAUCCUCUUCCUGGACGUGCUCUUCCCCCUGGCCGUCGACAAGAUCAUCUUCGUGGACGCCGAUCAGAUUGUGCGGACAGACUUGAAAGAGUUAAGGGACUUGGAUCUGGAGGGAGCCCCCUACGGCUACACGCCGUUCUGCGACAGCCGCAAGGAGAUGGACGGAUACCGCUUUUGGAAGAUGGGUUACUGGGCCUCCCACCUGGGCCACCGGAAAUACCAUAUCAGUGCGUUGUAUGUGGUGGAUCUGAAGAAGUUCAGGAAGAUUGCUGCCGGCGAUCGCCUCCGUGGCCAAUACCAAGCUCUGAGCCAAGACCCAAACAGCCUCUCCAACUUGGACCAGGACCUCCCCAACAACAUGAUCCACCAGGUGGCGAUCAAGUCUCUGCCCCAGGAAUGGCUGUGGUGUGAGACCUGGUGUGACGAUGUGUCCAAGAAGACAGCAAAGACCAUAGAUCUUUGCAACAACCCAAAGACGAAAGAGCCCAAGCUGGCCGCCGCCGCCAGGAUCGUGCCAGAGUGGACCAAGUACGACACGGAGAUCAAGCACUUCCUCCGGCGCGUCGAGGAGAAGGAAGACCAGCAGCCUCGCGGUCAGUCUGCGUCCGCACCAGGGAACAAAGGAAGUCAGCGCGAUGAACUUUAGCACCUGUUGGUGUGCCUCGUGCCGAAGAGGAAAGUGAGAUUUGCACCUAAAGGCUCCUGUGAAGCUUGAAGACUGCAGCUGUGCAAAGAUGUACAUUUCUCAUGAACAUUGCCAGCAAGUGUUACUGCUGAAGCGUCGCCAACAGGGGGCUACUCAGCAAUUAUUUUCUAAAAAGAACUCUUUCGUACAACGUACUUUUGUAUUUAUGGAUGUUAAGCUUUCUGUCAGAUUUGGGCACCAACUGCUGUAAAUGACCACGUUGCUUUUCCUGUGAAACUGAGAUGAAGAACAGUGAAGAAUGAGGGUCAGGAGCAGCUCUGUGUAUUUGUGGUAUGAGUCUCUCGUACAACAUAAAUUCACGAUUGCACUGGUUUGUAGGAAUAACUCUUCUCAUUUGUCCAUAUCCCACCUGAGGCCCAUUGCCACAGUACGUGGGCAGUAUGCAUUGGUCCUGUAUAUCUGUCAUCUUUCAUACUGUAACUGCUGUGUACAAUCUUUUAUCCAACGUUAUGAAAAAUGGAGACCUGCCAUUCUAAAAACAUGAAAUUAUUGUCCAUUUUUUUUUAUUAUUAUUACUGGGAUUUCCCCUUAUAUUCAUACAUUCCCUUUGGCUUUUAAAAUGUCUGGCUCAUUUGAUCCUGUGUAUAGUUAUUCAUUGCACUACUGUUGGAAAUGAAAAGUAAACACUUGACUAAAUAUUUUCAUA